AUGCAGACCCUGGAGGCCCCUCAAGCUUUGAUCAUCUCGGAGUUCUGCUCUGGUGGGACUGUCUUUGCCUUGCUCCAUCAGCGCCGCGAUUUGUCGCUUCCUUGGCCUCAGCGGCUCCCGAUUGCCUUGGACGUGGCGAAGGGGAUGAACUUCCUCCAUCGGCGGCAGGUCGUGCACAGAGACUUGAAAUCGCUGAACUUGCUCCUGGCCUGCCCGAUCCGUGGCUCCGAUGAUGUUCCCGCCGUGAAGGUGUCAGACUUUGGCCUGUCGCGGGCCUUCCCCGCCGCAAGCCAUCACACACAUGAGGCCAUGAUGACCAAUGGUGCCGGAACGUACCACUGGAUGGCUCCGGAGGUCCUGUCUGGCCAAGGCUACGACGAAAAAGUCGAUGUCUACUCGUAUGGCAUUUGCCUUUUCGAGCUCAUCACCCGGCGCAUCCCGUACGAGGGGUCAGGUUUGGAGCCGGUAUCCAUCGCGGUGGCCGUCAGCAGGGGCAAGCGGCCGGACGUGGCCUUCAUCCCCGAGGACACCCCCGCCGACCUUCGCUUCACCAUGAAAUGUUGCUGGGCACACCGUUCCAGCGGUCGUCCAGGUUUCGAUACGAUCCUGGAGACUCUGAAGCUCGUCAAGUCCACGAGGCUUCCAUGGCCCAGAGGAAUCGCAUUCUUGCAAAGCCAGUUCUGUAAUCACCACAGCUGCAGGGAAGAAAGCUGCUUCAAGCAUCAAGUGAUACCGGGAGCCAGUGCUAAGCCGUGA